AUGAGAUUAUUCACAAACUUGUCAUCGUCAUCAUCUUCCUUGGCCGUUGUCCACGAGUUGAAAGCCAAGGCAAGAGCCUCCACCAACUUCAAAGAAACGUCGCUCGAGUACGUUGAGAUAUUGGAGAUGGAGUUUUUCAGAAUCUUGAGGAGCGAAUAUUGCGACUUCUUCACUUUAUCCUCUUUGGAAAACGUUUUCUUCUCAUCCAGUAUGCAAUCUUUGAUGUCCCUUCCUGUGAUCAACACAAUCGACAAACCUUCUUGGUCGCCAACCAUCACCGAGGAAAAGAAGUCAUAA